AACAAUAGCUACAAUUCCGACACUCUUAUUUGUCUCAGCCCACAAGCGGAGCUGCAAGUUGCAGAAAAUUCAACCCCCAGCACAGGGGAAAAUAUAAAAAAGAACUAGCCGAGCUCAUGCAACCACACAGUUUGCGGAUCAAAUUCCGUGAGAGCCUCCAUCCACCACCAAGCCCAAAAAGCGCACAGCCGCCUCGAUUCAACUCACGUCCCCGCAACAAGAACACCCAAUUCAAUCACCCUUUUACACGAUCAAACACCAAAGUGGAAUCAAAACCCAGAAACAAAUUCCAGAGCCCUCUCUGUUUCAUUGCUGUUCUUCAUCAAUCGUGCGAUACAAAAGAGAAGCUAAGUGGUAGCUUUCUCCGUGUCGAAGCAUUGCUUAGAAUUUCUUGGACGGUUCAAUCGGAUUUUAAUUCGCUUUUUUCUAUCCAUAUUUCAACUGGAUUUCUCGAUUCCUCUGCGAUUCGUUGAUUAAUCGAUUCAUAAUUUGAUAUGUCUUUUGCUUCAUCGUUGAUUAUCUCUCCCAACGUCGAAAUUUCCCCAUCGAUCUUCGGGUUUCUUGAUUCAGUUCGCGAUGGAUCCCAAAUUCUCGAUUCUUCUAGAUUCUUCUCGCGAAAUCGAGCGGCGAAUUUGAUGAACAAGAAACAGAAACGAGUGAAUCACUCUCACUCUAUAGAAUUGAAAUAUCCAAUUCUUUGUCAAGGUGGAUAUGGCUCUGUUAUUGCAGCAAGUAUGGUGGCGAAUCCCGCCGGAGAAAUGGCAGUCUCGGCGGAGGAGAAGGUGUAUAACGUAGUUAUGAAACAGGCUGCUCUGGUGAAACGGCAACUGAGAACCGCCGGAGAAUUGGAUGUUAAGCCGGAUAUUGUUCUUCCGGGGACUCUUAGCUUGUUGAAUGAAGCUUAUGAUCGUUGUGGUGAAGUUUGUGCAGAGUAUGCCAAGACAUUUUAUCUGGGAACUAUGUUGAUGACUCCUGAGCGGCAAAAGGCUAUUUGGGCAAUUUAUGUAUGGUGUAGGAGAACAGAUGAACUGGUUGAUGGGCCAAAUGCUUCGCACAUAACACCUUCUGCAUUGGACAGAUGGGAGGCAAGGUUGGAAGAUCUUUUCCAAGGGAGGCCAUUUGAUAUGCUCGACGCAGCGUUAGCCGAUACCGUUACUAAGUUUCCGGUUGAUAUUCAGCCGUUCAAAGAUAUGAUCGAAGGGAUGAGGAUGGAUCUAAGGAAGUCGAGAUACAAGAAUUUCGACGAACUGUAUCUAUAUUGUUAUUAUGUUGCUGGAACUGUUGGGUUGAUGAGUGUUCCUGUCAUGGGCGUUGCACCUGACUCACAAGCAAGCACAGAGAGUGUGUAUAAUGCUGCUUUGGCGUUAGGCAUUGCUAAUCAGCUUACAAACAUUCUUAGAGAUGUUGGAGAAGAUGCUAGAAGAGGAAGAAUAUAUCUACCACAAGACGAGCUAGCUCAAGCUGGACUAUCAGACGAGGACAUAUUCGCCGGAAGAGUAACAGAUAAAUGGAGAAACUUCAUGAAGAAUCAAAUCAAAAGAGCCAGAUUGUUCUUCGAUGAGGCCGAGAAAGGAGUGUUGGAGCUUAACAAAGCUAGCAGAUGGCCGGUGUGGGCUUCGUUGCUAUUAUAUCGCCAAAUCUUGGACGAGAUUGAAGCAAAUGACUACAACAACUUCACAAAGAGGGCAUAUGUGAGCAAAGCCAAGAAACUAUUGGCUUUGCCAAUGGCUUAUGCAAGGUCUCUCCUUAGCCCUUAAUGAACUCACAUCACUAUAUAUACUCAACAAACACAAUCAAAAUUCAGCUAUCUCCAUGUUCUUAACUA